AUGUACAAUUCAAAAUAUCAAAACAUAGAAGUUUUACUAUGUGUGCAGGAGCUUUUUUCUGAAGUUGGUGAUCUGAAACGUUAUUCAAUCCAUUACGACCGAAGCGGUAGAUCGAAGGGAACUGCGGAAGUAGUUUUCUCACGAAGGGGAGAUGCUGUGGCAGCGGUCAAAAGAUACAACAAUGUGCAACUCGAUGGGAAGCCAAUGAAGAUAGAGAUUGUGGGAACUAACAUAGCAACAGCUCCUGGGCCACCUCCUCCUGCCACGAAUGGCUCGUUCAGAAAUUCAAAUGGAUUUGCAAGCUCCAGACUGUAUGUUUACUUCUAUCUUCUCUUAGUGUUUCAUUUUGUUACUGGUAGCUGUUUAAGCCCCCAUUCAUGUUUUGCUGAAUAAGUCUGUAUAAUAGUUUGAUUUCUUGCUUUA